AUGUAUCAAUCGUAUCGAACGCAAACGCGUGCAAAUAAGUAAUUUUUAUAAGUUAUCGCACAAUUUACUGGCAAUCGCGUUGACACGCUUAUCUAAAUUCUACAAAUCUACAUCUAUAACGUAAUGACACCGUCUAUAGGUACAUGAGUGUUAUAACGAUAUAAUAUAUAAUAUAAUAACGAUAUUAUACUAUAAUAACUAAAUAAUAGAUUUUAGGUGAACUUUUUUUAAAUAAUAUAAAAUAAUAUUUUUUUUAUAAAUAAUCCAAAUACAUAAUGUAUAAUAUAAAUUAAUUUUCUCAACAUCACAUACAUCUGACGGAACCCUUGAGAUAGUCCGGCGGAACCCUAGAGUUCCGCGGAACACACUUUGGGAAACGCUGUAGAGUCUAUACUCUGGAGACUCUGAUCCAGAGGUUGCAAGGCACAGGUGUAAACCAGGCAAGGUAUACCCUUCGCUGCCACAAGACGACUACGAUUACGUUCGGUUUGGUGGGCUUCGUAACUGGGCUCAAAACACUGAGGGACGUUAGUCAAAGGAGAAAAUUUUCAGAAAGAGGCUAAGUCUGCCACCUAGAAGUAAACCAGACUCAGAAUCUGACGAUGAAUAUGAACAGAAACCUUUACUCAGACUAAAAGGUGGAGCUGGAAGCAGCUCCGGAUCACCAUCAGGUACCCCGACAACAAAGGACAGAAGGCGGAAACAAAGCGAAGGCAAUGAUUUCAGCGACCAUGAACUAGUGGAGGAUAAGAAGCUCCAGAGGACUAAAACAUCCAAUAGGAUAUGUGCCACUAUGGAUGCAAACCCGGUUUGGACGCGACACAAAUUAGAUUCUACCUAACUAAAAGUCGAGAAAUCGAUAGAGAAUUCAACGGAGUUCUUAAUUCGGAAAAGGAGAAGAAAAAGAUUAGCCUAAAGUCGUUCAAUGACAAGCUAUCCGAAUAAGGUACCAAGAAUUAGUGGGCGAUUUGAUUGCGGAGAACAGUCUGCUGGUUGGCAGACUACUCGAAGCACGCAGCAGUAAACCGACUGUAGGAACAAAGCAGCAACAGGCGAAGACAAAGACGACCGACUUAGCUACGGAGCUGGCUAUUAAGCCUAAAUUGCCAGCUAUGUCUAACGUACAUGUAGCAGGAGGUCCAAAGCCAAGAAAUUAA